AUGAGGUGUCAACUACUUGUAGAUAUGAGUUUCCUCUACUUGUCGUUCUCCCUUGUUCUCGUACAGGUCAUCGCAAACUCGACAAGGAGCGAUAACAUAGUUCUUAUUGGGCAUAUCGGAGCGAUUGGCGCUCUGCCAAAUUAUGAGAAGGUUCUAGAGCUCUCCAGAAAAGAGUUGUUAGAGGAUGGAACUCUUGGAAAAGAUUUUGACAUUGAAAUAAUCUCACGAAACGGCUGCGGUGACGCUUUAGAAGGAGUGGCAGCGGCGGCUGAUCUCUAUCACGUGGAACAUGUGACCACAUUUUUGGGACCAUACUGUACCGAAGAGAUGAUUGCUGUGGCCACAAUGGCAAACUAUUGGAAUAUACCUAUUAUUGCUUAUAUGGCUACAGCCAACUCGCUGUCAGACAAGAAGAUCUACAAAACACUGGUCCGUACUUCUUUGAGAACCAUGAACACUAUUGCUGAGUCAACAGCUGCUUUUGUUAAACACUAUAAAUGGAGGAAGGUAACAUUGGUAUCAAACAUUGGUGCUUCCGCUUACGAAAAAAUUAUGGCCUUCGAGCCAGUGUUGAAGCGGCGUGGAAUCACAGUCACGAAGAAGAUACUAUUUGAAGAGUCUGUUAGCGUUCAGGAUAUGCUUAACGGUGGUCAAAUGGAAGAAAUCACUUCAAAUUCCAGGAUCGUUAUCGUGAUGUUCUCAUCGGCACAAGACUUGACAGCGAUGUUUCGGGAGGCAACAGUUAAGUACGGGCUAUCGGAGACGGAAUAUGUUUUCAUCUUUCCAUGGCUGCAGGAGGGAGCCAACGGAGCCUCCCCGUUUGUUGGAAGUGACAGUUCCAUUCUGGAGAAGGUCAAAAAGACCUAUACGAAUUGCGUCUUGAUCGACGACACUAACGGAUUUGAUGACCGCAUGAUAACACCGUUUGUGGAACGUCUACGUACAAUCGGACUUGACGAGAAGGAUAUAGAUCUGAGCAAUAUUUACGCAUAUAUUGCGCUUUUUGACGCCUACAAAAUGUUUGGCACCGCUGGUCGUCGUAUUCUCAAAGAAACUGGGAAGAUAUCUUCUGUUAUUGAUGGCAAGAAGAUGUGGAAUACGAUGAGGAGAAUGACAGUUCCAGGUAUGGUUUCUGAUGCUGGUGUCGGGAGUGGAACUGUAAUGUUAGACGAUCUUGCUGAACGAGUCCCCUAUUACUCCGCCUUCUUUGUUGAUGGAAAUAGAAACCAGGUAACUCCGUUUGCGAAUAUGGCUCCUAUGAUGAUUGCGAACUGCGAUGGGCUGAAAACAGGCACUGGAUGCUUCGAAAUAAAUGUCACCGAAGUGCUGUCAUCGUUCUGGCCGUCAACUGAUGGACAGUUUCCAGUAGAUGAACCUGUAUGUGGAUUCAGGGGCGAGAAAUGCGACUAUACAUUGAUUAUUGUUGGAAUUUCGGCAACAGUCUGUGUUAUCCUUGCUGCAAUAGGAGCGUGGUGUCUUCGUAGAUAUUGGUGUGCGGUAUUUUGCUGCCGGUCUUGGCUAUUCGCUGUCCACCGUGAGCAAUGGACUGCGAUCUCUCGGAAUGGUGAAACAGCUCGGUCAGUGGCUCUCACAUGCAGCGACGGCAACCGGCAAAGACGACAGGACAUCUGCACUCAGCUGCUCUCCAGAAGCCGCAAAUUCGACUGGCUGGACACCAUUGUCACUGGAGAUGAAAAAUGGAUCCUCUACGUCAACCCCACCCCGAAAAGUGCGUGGUGCGCUGGCGAUGAAAUACCGGAUCUUUUCGUGAAAGGUGGAAUCCAUGAGAAGAAGGUCAUGCUGAGCGUCUGGUGGGUAGUUUAUGGAAUCUACCGUUUCGAAUUGCUGCCGGGCAACGCGGCAGUUACUGCCGAUGUCUAUUGCGCUCAACUGCAAAGACUGGCCGACAAGAUCCGCAAGGAGCACCCGAAGAAGACUUCCCAGAAAAUUCUGGAGCACGGAUGGGAAGUUCUACCGCAUCCACCAUACAGCUCGGACCUGGCCCCGAGCGACUAUCACCUCUUCCGAUCGCUUCAGCAUCACCUGGAAGAGAAGCGCUACGAUGAUCGUGACCACCUCGAAAAUGACCCUCGAGCUUUCUUCGCCUCCAAGACGUGGAGUUCUACGCCAAAGGAAUCAGUGAUCCUUGAAUCCAAAUCGCUUGAUAGCAUGCCUUGGAGGAUAUUUAGAGAUGAUAUGCAGCUCGUUGACGAGGAACAAGCGAAGUCUAUGCUUUCAUUGAACUCACAAAAAACGAAACUGUCAAGCUCGAACGCGAUUGCCCUUAAGCAUCAUGCUAUCAUCGGUGUGAACACACAUGCUACAUACCACAUGUACGAACAGAGAAGACCGAUCAAAUUCGCUAGGGCAGAUCUUAUCCUACUCAUGAGGAUCAAGCAAGCUGUACAUGACAAUCUCAACCCUUUCCUGGGGAUGGCAUUCAAUGAGAAGGCAGAAAUGUUGCUUUUUUGGAAGUUCUGCUCUAGAGGAACACUUCAAGAUAUUAUCUACAACGAUAAUUUUGUGUUGGAUGAAAAAUUCCACGGAGCGUUCCUGAGAGACAUCACACUUGGUCUGGAGUAUCUGCAUUUAUCGAAUAUCGGGUUCCAUGGUAGCCUCACCACGUGGAGUACCCUUAUAGACCGUAACUGGCUAGUCAAACUGACGGAUUACGGAAUCUCGGACGCCGUGAGGAGAUGGGUGAAGCAUGGUAGUAUCAACGAAGAAACGGUGAACGAUGGAGGAGAAAAGACGGAAGCUACGCAAAAAACAGCCAUCCUUUAUGUUGCUCCGGAAAUACGGCUUUCAAAUGAGAAGAACAAGAACCGACGUUUAGACCAAGCAUGGAUUGGACAGACUCUUGAGAAGAGACGAUCUGCAGAUAUUUACGCAUUUGGAGUGGUGAUGUACGAGAUACUCUUCAGGAAUUUUCCUUUUAGCGAUAAAACUGAUUUAAAUGAGAUGUCCACGAAAGCUAUGGAAGGAGAGAAGAUUUGUCGUCCACAAGUUCAGAAGGACAAACAGUUGCAUCCUGAUCUCCAGGCUCUUCUUCAGGAUUGUUGGCACGAUUCACCAGAUGCGCGACCCACUAUUCGUCGAGUGAGAUUGUCCACGGAAUCGAUACUGAAAACAAAAGGAAGUCUUGUCGACUCUAUGACUCGAAUGAUGGAGGAAUAUGCAAAUAAUCUGGAAAAACUUGUCAGCGAAAGAACGGGAAUGUUAGAGCAAGCGACAGUACGAGCCGACAAGCUACUCUCUCAACUUCUACCAAAGUACGUGGCAAAUGAGCUGAAGAAUGGCCGUCCUGUCCCACCAAAAUUGUACACAUCAGCCACCGUAUUCUUCUCUGACGUAGUGGGAUUCACGACGCUUUGCAGUUCAUCGAGCCCGAUUGAGGUCGUCAACUUGCUAAAUAGCGUCUACUCGGGAUUUGAUGAGAUUAUCAACAAACGUGAUGGCUACAAGGUGGAAACAAUCGGCGAUGCCUACAUGGUUGUGUCCGGUGUACCCGAAGAAAAUGGUAGACGGCAUAUCUGCAAUAUUGCUGAUAUCUCCCUUGAGAUCAUGGAGUUCCUCGUCACUUACCGUAUCCCACAUCGGAAAUCGGAGAGACUGGUCAUCCGUGUCGGUUUUCAUAGUGGAUCAGUGGCUGCUGCUGUUGUUGGUCUGAACUCGCCGAGAUAUUGCCUUUUUGGAGAUACAGUGAACUUGGCAUCACGGAUGGAAUCCACAGGAGAGCCAGGGAAAAUCCAAAUAUCACAAGAAUCGAAAGACCUUCUUGCAAAUGAUUAUCCAGAAUUCGUUACAGUCAAACGAGGAACCAUGGAAGUAAAGGGUAAAGGAGAGCGCACCACAUACUGGCUCCUAAGUAAGGAUCGUAGCUGCUUCAAUACGUAA